CAAUUGUCCGGUAAUGCCGUAAACCCAGAAGAAGACGGAGUAGACACGUCACUGGGGUCAAACGGCAGGAAAGAUGGCGAGCGCCUAUGAGAGCUUUAACUUGCGCACCACACCAGAGAAGUUUUACAUAGAGGCGUGCGAUGAUGGCUCCGUGGAUGUCCUGGCCAUCGACAGGGUGUCAACAGAGAUGACUCUCACAGUGAGGAGGGACAUCCCUGUCUCAGCUGAGACCAGACCAAUAUGUGGAGUCAUGGGGACUGUACGAUUGGUGGCAGGCAUGUACCUGGUUGUCAUCACAAAGAAGCAGAAGGUGGGAGAUUUGCUGGGUCAUGCUGUGUGGAAGGCUCUGGACUUUGAAAUCAUCUCCUAUAAGAAGACAAUACUACACCUGACAGACAACCAGAUGCAGGACAACAAGGCUUUCCUGUCGAUGAUCAACAGUGUGCUUCACACAGACAGCUUCUACUUUGCAACAGACUAUGACCUGACCCACAGUCUGCAGCGCCUGGCCAACACCAGCCCUGAAUUUCAGGAGAUGAGCCUUCUGGAGAGGGCAGACCAGCGUUUUGUCUGGAAUGGCCACCUGUUGCGGGAAUUCAAUGCUCAGCCAGAGUUACACAAGUUUGUGUAUCCUGUCGUCCAUGGCUUCAUCAUCAUGAAGUCAAGCUGCAUCAAUGGAAAGGUGUUUGAGUGGAGUAUAAUCUCCAGGAGGAGCUGUUUCAGAGCCGGUGUCCGCUACUAUGUCCGAGGCAUCGAUUCUGAAGGCCACGCUGCUAACUAUGUAGAAACAGAGCAGAUUGUGCAGUACAACAGUGCCAAGGCUUCAUUUGUUCAGACAAGAGGCUCCAUCCCCUUCUACUGGUCUCAAAGGCCCAAUCUCAAGUACAAGCCAAAACCACAGAUCAGCAAAACAGUCAACCAUUUGGAUGGAUUCCAGAGACACUUUGACUCACAGAUUAUUCUCUAUGGAAGACAAGUCAUUUUGAACUUGAUCAACCAAAAGGGCUCAGAAAAGCCAUUGGAGCUGGCGUUUGAUAAGAUGGUGACCAACUUGGGAAAUGGCAUGAUCAAGUACAUCGCGUUUGACUUCCAUAAGGAGUGCAGCCGGAUGAGGUGGCACCGCCUGCAGAUCUUACUGGACAUGGUUGCUGACAUGCAGGAUGAAUUUGGGUAUUUCCUGGUGGAUGAAGAUGGGAGGGUGCAGCUGAGUCAGGAGGGGAUCUUUCGGAGUAACUGCAUGGACUGUCUGGACCGCACCAAUGUUAUCCAGAGCCUUUUGGCCCGAAGGUCACUGCAGUCACAGCUGCAGAGAAUGGGAGUUCUGAACAUGGGCCAGCAGAUUGAGCAGCAGCUGGACUUUGAGAAGUUGUACAAGAACGCCUGGGCAGACAAUGCUGAUGCCUGUGCUAAGCAGUAUGCUGGUACUGGUGCCUUGAAGACAGACUUCACCAGGACGGGGAAGAGAACUCAGUGGGGCCUGCUGAUGGACGGCUGGAACUCCAUGAUUCGAUAUUACAAAAACAACUUCUCUGAUGGUUUCAGACAGGACUCCAUUGAUCUGUUCCUGGGGAACUAUGCUGCAGAGGAAGCUGAUUGGACCACCCCACUGCGUGACCCCAAAGACUGGAAGUUUUUGACGUUGCCCAUCGUCAUGGUGGUAGCGUUCUCCAUGUGCAUCAUCUGCCUGCUGAUGGCUGGGGACACGUGGACUGAGACUCUGGCCUACGUUCUGUUCUGGGGAUCAGCCAGCGUGGUGACGGGUGGCCUCAUCCUCUUUAAUGGACGUGACUUUGUAGAUGCCCCCAAGCUGGUCCAGAAGGAGAAGCUGGACUGAAUGUGUGCGUGUGGAAAGCAGCUAGGCCCCGGAGAGCUCACCGCCUCAUCCACCAGCUCGUCAUCACUUUACCCCCAGCAUCCGCAGACCUGGAGCCUUUACUAAUAGAGGGGGGAGUGGAGGAGGGCGGUGGGCAGCGGGGCUGGCCUCAUGUGCGUUGAUGAUAGAAAGAAAGAGACUGGGAGUGCAUGAGCCUGCUGCUGUCCACACUGUAGCGAUAAUCACGUGGACAGGACUGUCUGUCCACAGGUUUUACUGGACACUGAACCUCUGGUGUUUGUUCUAACUGGAUGUCAUUGUUCUUGAUUUCAGAAGAUUGUGGUGGGACCCAUGUUAAAUUCCACGUUUGUCCUCCUGCAUUCCUUAAUGGAUGCUUGGGAUCAGAUUCAACACAAGCUGUGAUGUCAAAGCACAGUUAAAUGAUUUACUGUUUCUACUGUUGAUUUUCCUUUAGUCUAUUUAUGUAUGUUACUAUCCAUUUGCGGUUACUCUGUCCCAGGUUACACGUUGCCUGCAUUUCCAGAACAGUAAUGGGUCAAGGUGUCUAAAGGCUCGAAGAAUUCCAUCCUUCUCCGUUUAAAUGUAGACGUUUUCAGAUAUUAACUCCUGAGGAUAUCCAGCGAAUUGUGUCUGUUCUUACUCCAGAGCCGUUCACCCAUGAACAACGCAGCAGGCGAUUCUCCGCUGAGACGCAGAAAUCUGUGCAGCAUUCAGGUGAUGGGUGGAGCAGCUGGCAGAUCCAGGAUGUAACUUAUUUUCGACAGUAGCGUCAGCCCUUAUCAACAAAAGCUCUCUUGGUGUCUUUGUUGGUGUUGUCUGCUUUUUUUGUCCUGGGUUGUUUGUUUUCCUUUUGUUAUUCGAUGUAUCUGGAGGAUCUCCAGAGUUCAGUGCAUGUCUGAAAUCGACUUUACACAGCCAGUGGACAUUCUUAUCUAAUUCUGCUUGUGGAUUUAUGCUUCUUUAUAUAUCGGCCUCAUGCAAGAAUCUCUCAUGAGAAUAGAUUUGUUCUAUGAGCGACUUGCGGUCAUUUUCGGCAUUCACCAAUUUUCUUUUUGUUCUAAGAUUUUCUGAGCUAUGGUCCAGAUCUGUCAAACAUACUCUGACUCUCUCCACAUCUGACUUGAAAUCUUAAAGCCUUAAACUGAAUGAAUUGGGGGGGUUUGGGUAUUUUACUGUAUUUAACUCAAAUAAAUAUAUAAAUGAAAUAGA